UCACAGGUACGAGGCGCGCCUGCAAUCGCCAUUGUAGGCUGUCUAUCGUUGGCUGUGGAAAUAUUACCCGAAGAGUACGAUUCAAAAAAAUCGCUUCGCCAAGAAAUCGAAGGCAAACUGAAUUAUUUAGUCUCAGCACGUCCAACAGCUGUGAAUAUGAAAAUCGCCGCCGAUGAACUGAUCACCCUAGCCAACGAGUUGACCAAAGAUGAAACCAUUACUGUACAAGAAAUGAAACAAAGAUUUUUGAAAGCCACUGAAGCGAUGCUGCAGAAAGAUAUUGCCGAUAAUAUGGCGAUCGGUACAAAUGGUGCUGCCGCCAUACUGGAGGCUUGCGGUAGAGAUUCAGCCGUGCGUGUGUUAACACAUUGCAAUACUGGCUCGUUGGCCACCGCCGGUUAUGGCACUGCAUUGGGCGUGGUUCGGAAGCUGUAUGAUUUAAAAAAACUGGAACAUGUCUACUGCACGGAGACACGUCCAUAUAAUCAAGGCGCGCGCCUAACCGCCUACGAGCUUGUGCACGAUAAACUUCCGGCCACACUGGUGUUGGACAGCAUGGUGGCGGCGUUGAUGCGUGCCAAAAAUAUCGCUGCUGUCGUUGUUGGCGCUGAUCGGGUGGCAGCUAACGGUGAUACGGCCAACAAAAUUGGUACUUAUCAAAUUGCUGUGGUGGCCAAACAUCACGGUGUGCCUUUCUUUGUCGCUGCGCCGUUGACAUCGAUUGACUUGCAAAUUCCAAGUGGCGAUCACAUUAUCAUCGAAGAGCGGCCCGAUCGUGAAUUGACACAUGUGGGUGAGCAUAGAAUAGCGGCGCCAGGCAUCAACUGUUGGAAUCCAGCCUUCGAUGUUACCCCAGCUGCGCUCAUAUCAGGGAUCAUAACGGAACGUGGUGUAUUUAGUCCACAGAAACUUAAACAUGAGAUUAGCGCCUUAGUAGACUAGAUAAUUUAUGUAAAAAAAACAAAUAUAAAUAUAUUCAAUAUGGCAUUUGUCCAGUGAAGGUGCCUGCUUGUUAAGCUUCCA